AUGGCUUCUCUGGCCAGCGCAGCCGUGGGUGUGGACAGUGCCCGCAGGAAGCCCCGCCUGGCCGCUUCAUUGAAGAUCAAUCCAGGGCCUAGCCCUUGGCGCCCCUCGGUCGACUUGACCCAAGACCCCUGGGAGCUGGCAUCCAACUCUGGCGUGGAGAAAGACAAUGAGGCUGGCCAGCAGCCCCAGGCCUCGGCGGCGGCAGGGGACGGGCCAGCCAGGGAUUUCCCGUCUACAGUCAAGCAGCUGAGUCAGCACCUCAAAGAGCCACCCCCAGGCCAGGCCGUGGCCUUGCUCAUACAGUACGCGGACAGCCUGGGGGUGUCCCUCAUCUUCCGAGAGGAUCAGACGACAGGUCCCCUGAGCCCUGUCUCUGUGAGCGUGGAGCUGGAUGGAGUGGUCUGUCCUGCGGGUAUUGCUAGCACCAUGUCCGAGGCCAAGGAGCAGGCGGCAUUGUCUGCCCUCCGCUUUGUCCGGAUGCACCUGGAAAGCCCAGAGACCCCGAAGCUCCCUGAAAGGCCAUCAUUCACCCCCCUGAGCAUCGAGAGCAUCGUGACCCAUGAGCAGCGCUGUGCGGCCGUGGUCAGCGCCGGCUUUGACUGCCUCGUGGCCAGGAGUUCGCCGUACUGGGCCUGCAAGGGGACGGUGGCUGCCGUGAUCCUGGAGAGGGAGGUCCCAGGCUCCAGGGGCCACACCAAGGAGACCUAUGAGCUGGUGGCGCUGGGCACGGGCAGCAACUGCUAUCCUGGCUGGCAGGAUUUCUCAGGCCAGAGGCUGCAUGACUGCCAUGGGCUGGUGGUCGCCCGCCGGGCCCUGGUGAGGUUCCUGUUCCGGCAGCUUCUGCUGGUGACACAGGGAGGCCCCAGGGGCAAGGAGCGCUCAGUGCUGACCCCUCAGUCCGGACCCGAGUCCCCCUUCACCCUCAAGCCUGGAAUCUUCCUUCAUCUCUACGUCAGCAACACCCCCAAGGGAGCGGCCCAGGACAUCUACCUCCCCUCCUCCCCGGACAGCAGCCUCCUGCACACGCCCCCCUUCCGCCUACAGGCCCACGUCCGAGGGGAACUGAAGCCCGCCUGCUACGUGGCCUCGGCGCUCCGUGACACUCACGUGGGCUGUCUCUCUGCCAGCGACAAGCUGGCCCGCUGGGCAGUGCUGGGCCUGGGGGGUGCCCUGCUUGCCCACUUCCUGCCCCCUCUCUAUGCCACCAGCCUUGUCCUGGCGGACCCCUGCCAUGACCCCCCAACUCUGGACAGGGUCAUCCAUGGCCGACCCAGCCUGGACAGGGCCGAGGGGUCCUACCUACCGCACCCCUAUGUCCGUACCACCCUGCAUCUGUUCACGGGGCCCUUGGUGGCCCCCUCUGAACCCACCCCCAGUGUCUGCCAGAGCGUGAGCCUCAACUGGAGCCAGGGCGACCCCGACAUCGAGGUUGUGGACGUGGCCACCGGGCGGGUGAAGGCAGAUGGGACCCUCGGACCUCCCUCCCGCCUCUGCAAGGCUGCCUUCCUGCAUGCCUUCCGCCAGGCCGCCCGCGUGCUGGACAAGCCCCACCUCGUGGCUCUGGAGACCUACGAGGCGGCCAAGGCUGGGCAGUACCAGGAUGCGCGCCAGCAGCUCUCCGCCCUCCUGGACAAGCAGGGCCUUGGGGCGUGGCCCUCCAAGCCUCUGCUGGGCAAGUUCAGCAGGGUCGCUGUGCAGCAGAACCAGCGUGAUGACUUUGGGGCUGUGAUGGUCUUCGUGUGGCACCAGCCCGACUCCCAUUCAUAG